AUGAUCAAGCGUGUGAAGCGUACGGUCCGUCAGUCAGCAGUCAGUCAUCCAGUUCAACAUCACUCUCCUCCUCUGAACUCCAUCUGUCACCUCUCGUCCUCCGCGCCUCCAAGAAUUGGCCAGGACAGCUUCAUUACCCCAUCCACCCACCCAAUUAGAAGCCAGAUGGCGCUUCUGGCCAAUCAAAUCAUGGAUGCAAGGAUUCUCAGCACUAUGAACGGGCGAGCAGAGCUUUCCCAGUUCUUGAGAGUCACCAAUCAAAGCAUUGUCUCCCAGAUAAAUUCCACCCAGGAUGACAGCCGUAAGAACAGGAAGUAUCCCUGCCCGUUGUGUGGAAAGCGCUUCCGCUUCAACAGCAUCCUUUCCCUUCACAUGCGCACACACACUGGUGAGAAGCCUUUCAAGUGUCCAUACUGUGACCACAGGGCUGCACAGAAGGGCAACCUGAAGAUACACCUCCGUACUCACAAGCAAGGUAUUCUGGGUAAAGGCCGUGGGCGAAUUAGGGAGGAGAACAGGUUGCUUCAUGAGCUUGAGGAAAGGGCAAUACUAAGGGACAGGCAGACGCGAGCUGGUCAAGUUAGCCAACAGCAAGCAUCUAAUAUAAACCAACUUCAAAAGCCCCAGCUGCAACAGACUGUCCCGACACAACCGCCAUUCUUCAUCCACUCUGUUGGUGCAGAGAUCCAGCCACGUACAUCUACAUCUCCUACGGUGACCACAAUCCAUGAAGAUCCCAUCCAGCCUCAACCCACCGGCUUCCGCUGCUCAUUCUGUAAGGGAAAGUUCAGGAAGCAGCAGGAGCUUGAGCGGCACAUCAGGAUCCUACAUAAACCCUAUAAAUGCACGUUGUGUGAGUUUGCCGCCUCGCAUGAGGAGGAGCUCAUUGGCCACGUUGAGACAACGCAUAUAACUGCUGAUUCAGGCUCAGGGCAGAAGCCUGCGAUGGGGGCUGGUGACAAGAGGAAACCCGUCGGUGAAUUCCCCUGCGAGGUGUGCGGCCAGACCUUCAGCCAGGCCUGGUUCCUGAAGGGCCACAUGAGAAAACACAAAGACUCUUUUGAGCACUGCUGUCAAAUCUGUGGCCGUCGAUUCAAAGAACCCUGGUUUCUCAAGAACCACAUGAAGGUCCACCUCAAUAAGCUGGCUGCUAAGCGUAAUCUCCCUGCUGAGCAUGACACCUCUGUUAACAUGAGUAACCUAACACAAGACCAUCAGAGCAACCUCUACUCGCAGUACAUCUCCCGCAUUCACAACAGGUUCCUCACGGCUGAGAGAGCUGACCAUCAAGAUUAUAACCAGGUUCUUACCACAGCAGGCGUUGACAUGAAGGUUCGGGAGAUGUUAGGGAGGAUGAUCUCCUCAGGUCCAGGCCCUUUGACAGAUGCGGAGAGCUCCUCUUUGUUGGGUUUAAAUCACCUCCACCCGCCACUAAGCUCCACUAGCAUGGAAUAUCUGCAGAAAGUCAUCUCUAACAGAGAUACACUCAACAGCAGCGGCUACCCAGGCUGGCAGAUCAUGACACCAGCACUGUCUGCUGAGCAGCAAAUGUUCAGUCCUAAAGACCAGCAGCAGUGCUCUUCCUACCUGCCUGAGAGAUGUCUCCCUGAAGUCGAUGGGAAAGUGCGUCUCGGUGACCCAGACACUAAGGCCUUCAGCAGACCUGGUAGCCCAGGAAGCGUGAGUCGUCACGGUCCAACAGAGAUCAUCACAGAGAUGGGGAACUCCCACUCUGGCAGUGUCCUCGAUCAUCAGCCACAGUCUUCUUCUCCAACUACAGGUGAGAAAGUCUACAGGUGUACACUCUCCAGUGACUACACCGCAGCACAGACUGCCUCCCUCGGCUUUCAUCUGGAUCUGUACCACUUCCCCCACUGGCAGAACAGCAGGGAUCUUUCUUCUCCACUGCAGCCCACCAGCAACAGCUCCAGCCCCAACCCCAACCCUAACCCCAACACUAAACUUAGACCUAGAUCCAGGGAAGACUGGAGCCCAGCUGCAGGUCAUUACCUUGGUCUGGAGAGCCACAGUGAAAACACCCUGCUCAACAAGCAGUCCGACCUCGCUGACAAAGAUGCAGGUGUAGAUGGCUCUUUAUCUGCUCAAAACAGGAAGUCCCAGUAUGAGCCUUUAGAUUUGUCUCUCAGGCCAGAGUCUAUCAUGUCUCAUUCAGCCAUCUCUCCUGCUGUACUGGUACAGAUGUCUGGCGUUCUUAGUAAUGGACUCUCCUCCUCCAUUACCCACCGGCUACAAAGUUACUCUAAUGCCGCAGCUGAACUCAGUGUGAAACCCGCGUAUCAGUGUGACCUUUUGGUGCAGGGAACAAAACCAGAGUUGGACACACAGAAUGCAGACUUCGCAGGUCACAACAGUGAAGGUGAAUUUGAGCGAUCUGAGCAAGGGAGGGAGGACAAAAAUGACAAGACUGCCAAGUGGAAGAUGCUGAAAAAUAAUGUCCUCAACCCAGAGGAGCUGGGACAGGCCAACGCAGAUUUCCAGGGUCCUGGGGAGAAGAAGCACGACAAGCCGGGAUCUUGGGCCAGAGUUGUUGCUGAGUCUCCCAUCUCCUCUCUGGAGAAUUUGACUCCAGGACAGACUGAUCAACUCCAGCACCAGGGUGGCCUGCUCUCCUUCCUCAGAUCCCAUGGGAGCAUGAGCAGCACAACUGCCGGCGCACACAAAGCCAGUCUGAACGGUGGGGGGGACAUGGAGAAAAAUGUUUCAUCAGCUCGGAAGCCAUUCCAGUGCAGGUACUGCCCCUACAGCGCCUCCCAGAAGGGCAACCUGAAGACCCACGUCCUCUGUGUCCACCGCAAGCCCUUUGACAACAGCCUCUACCCUGAUCGCCGCCUCCGACGCUCACAUACACCCCAGAGGCCCUCCAGAUUGCCUCAGAGCAUCACGGGAGAUAAUCGUGCAACAGGAAGGGACCAGAUCGGCAUGACAUCACUGUGUGGGACUUGAUGUUGUCAUGGCAACAGCAGAUACAGACAGUUAUGAUUAUUGUUUUAGAUUCACCUCGAAAGGGUUAGGAUGAUUGAGAUUGUUAAAAAAAAGAAGUUAACAACAAACUUUGAUGUACAUUCCAGUGUUUACUUGAAGAGCCACAGUGCGUAUUUAUCUGUAGCAAAGAAGCUGCCUAUAAUAAUAAAGUCCAUUGUGAUGUGAAAGUGUA